CGAGGACAGAAAGCCUGGUACUGAGCUCCUAACUCCCUCCCGCCCUGUCCCUUCCACUCCCUUGCUUCCCACCCACUCUGUCUGGGAACAGCAAUGCUGCAUGCCCUGGAUUGACCAGCAGCCUGGUUGUGUUUCCUCCCCAGCCGCCUGGCUCAGGAACCUCUGAGAAUGAACAGGAGACGGAUUAUCAGCUCCUUCUGCCCCUCGCUCCACCCUAGGCGGCCCCCACAACGCUCCGGGCAAGAGGAGGGACUUUCCGCCCCCUUUCGCCUUUUUCAGAGGUGGGAGGCUGGGCUGCAGCAGACUUUUAACCGAGUUGGAACAAGGUUUCCACAGGAGUCGGAGCUGGGAGUUCACAGCGGCCAGCUGCUCCAGACGGGACGGGAGGGAUUCCUGCCCUGGAAGGAUGCAAUUGGAAUAUCCCAUCCCUGCCUCCUCUCUGCGCAUCCUGCCUCCCGUCUGCGACCAAGGAGGCUGCGGCAACCUGGGGAUGGUGCUAGCCCCAUGCCCCAGCUCAGAGCCACCCCAGAGCAGUGGGCCGGGUGCUGGCAGUGGGGCACCCUCCCACAUGGGCGAGGCCACCAAACCCCCCUAUAGCUACAUCGCCCUCAUCACCAUGGCCAUCCAGAGCACCCCGGAGAAGAGGAUCACCCUGAGCGGCAUCUACCGGUACAUCAUGGGCCGCUUCACCUUCUAUCGGGACAACAAGCAGGGCUGGCAGAACAGCAUCCGCCACAACCUCUCGCUCAACGAGUGCUUCGUCAAGGUGCCCCGGGACGACAAGAAACCCGGCAAGGGCAACUACUGGACCCUGGACCCCGACUGCUACAACAUGUUUGAGAACGGCAGCUUCCUGCGCCGCCGGCGCCGCUUCACCAGGAAGCGCGGCCUGCGGGACGCGCCGGAGGGCGAGGCUGAGGGGGCGCGGAAGAAACAUCCCAAGUACCGGGCCCGGCAGCACCCCCAGCCCUUGGCCCUCUUGGCUGAGGGGAUCAAGACAGAGAGUAGCUACCCCUUGCCUGCUCCCGCCAGCCAGAUGCUCAGCUUGUGCGGGGGGCAGACAGGAGCGGGACAGGCGCUGACCUUGGAGGGCCAAGUGGGUACCAAGGAGUGUGGCCAGGGCAGCAAGGAACCCAACAUCCAUUGCCCAGAGCAGCCAGGCCAGGCCAGCCUGCUGACCCCUAGGAAGUACCUGCAGAAGCCCAGGCAGGCAUGUCUGUACCCUCUGGGGGGGCCAGAGCCCAAACCCCAGCUCUUUGAGAAGCAGCCCUGCUAUCCAGGCCUCGAGGGGCACCAGCCGGAGACCCAGGGGCAAGAUCCCCCCCGGCUCAAGGAGACUGUCUUUGGGGGGCUUCAGCCCCCCAUUCAAAUAGCUCAGCCCCCGUAUACUGCCCUGGGGGAGCGAGUGACCCAACAGCACCCCCAGCUGACCAGGAACAUCAAGGAACCGCCUCAAGCCACGCCAGCCUCGACUGUGCCUCCCGACAGCGAAGUGGAGGGUAAAGAGUCUGCAGCGUGCACCAUGGGGCUGUCCCAGCCAUUCAGCCAGGUGGCCCCCGUGUUCCCAGCCCUGCUGGGGCCCAGCAAGCCCUCGCUCCCCUGCAGCCGGCAGCCCUCGCCAGUCUGCUUCCCCUCCUUCGAAGGCGAUGGCUAUAUCAAGCCGACACUGCCCGUCUUCAGCUCUUUCGGCUGCUCAGGCUCUGACAGCUUGAGCGGGAACUACCAGUGCCGGGUGCAGGCACUGAGCUUCUGCAUGAAUGAGAGGGCAUGCAACUCGGCCCUGGAGCACCUCCUGACAGCGUCACCAGGUACAGCUCCCGUGACCCCUAUCCAGCCGCCCCCCUUCAGACCCGCCGUCCAGCUGCAGGGGGAGCAGAAGGAGUCAUGGGCUGGGAGCCCGUUCUCCCUGCCAGGAGGGAAUGGUUACCAGCUGGGACUCCCCCACUGUCUCUACAGGACACCUGGCAUGUUCUUCUUUGAGUGACAGGCCCUGCCCAGGCCAGACUGUGCCCUCACAGCCUCUCUUGCCACCCACUGCUGUGCCCAGGACACCCCUGGCCAUUCCACCUGCCCUUCGGAGAGCUGACUCCAAGGAAGGGACUCACCAUGUAAGUUAUUCUCUCCUGCUGCUUCCUGCCCAGUGGUGACUGCCUGAUGGAGCUAAGAGGGACCCGGGCUCCAAGGGGAAAUCACUUUGGGUACCAUACCACCCGCUGCCAGCGUCCUUUUGCCAUGGCUGUUAUCCCACCAAACUAGAACCCUGCGUGGGAGCCAGGGGCUGAAUGGAACUGUGUCCUGGCUAGUGGAAUAAAAUGCAUCCCCCA